AUGUCACGAAUGGACAGUUAUAGUUCGCAGAUUCGCGAGGAGCAGAAAGCAAUUCUCAACGGUCUUUUAGGAAUCAUCUAUGACAACUACGACACAACUAGGAAAAUUCAACAAACUGUGGAUGGAAUCUAUCGAAUGGUAGUUGCCCUAUUGCUCAUCGUGAUCGCUCUCAUCAUCAUCGCCAUAUUCCUCAUAUGUUUCUUUCAUUGCCGACGUCCGAACGAGGAGAGGUCGCCGCUUCACUCAAAUCGCAAAAGUCAUCCCAUCGAAAUCUGA